AUGGCAGAGGGUGCAGAUGGAGAGGAAGAGAUUCAGUUUCUGCGUACAGAUGACCAUGUAGUGCUGCAGUGCACUGCAUCUAUUCUUAAGGAACAGAUCAAGCUGUGCCUGUCAUGUGAAGGUUUUGGAAAUCGUCUGUGCUUUCUCGAGACCACAUCGAAUGCUCAGAAUGUCCCUCCAGACCUCGCCAUCUGCUGCUUCAUUUUGGAGCAAUCCCUGUCUGUGCGAGCAUUACAGGAGAUGUUGUCCAACUCCUCUGUGGAUGAGUCGUCACAAGGUGGGGGUCAUCGAACCCUCCUGUAUGGACAUGCCAUCCUGCUGAAACACACCCACUCCAGCAUGUACUUGAGCUGUUUGACUACGUCGCGCUCACUGACAGACAAACUGGCUUUUGAUGUGGGCUUGCAGGAAGACUCCACAGGAGAGGCCUGCUGGUGGACCAUCCACCCAGCCUCUAAGCAAAGGUCUGAAGGAGAGAAGGUCAGAGUGGGAGAUGACCUCAUUCUUGUCAGUGUUUCUUCAGAGCGAUACCUGCACCUGUCCUAUGCCAGUGGUGAUUUAAUGGUAGAUGCUUCCUUCAUGCAAACUCUGUGGACCAUGACCCCUGUAAUGUCUGGAUGUGAACUAGCUGAAGGUUUUCUGAUUGGAGGGUAUGUGCUCCGGCUGUUCCACGGUCACAUGGACGAGUGUUUGGCAAUCCCAGCAGCUGACCAAGGGGACGACCAGCGCAGAGUUGCUCACUAUGAAGGAGGCCCAGUAUGCAGUCAUGCUCGAUCCUUAUGGAGACUUGAGCCACUACGUAUUGCUUGGAGUGGAGGCCACAUUAAGUGGGGCCAGUCUUUCCGGAUACGUCACAUAACAACAGGCCGAUACCUUUGUCUGGAUGAGGAGAAAGGACUUCUCUUGGUGGACCCAGAGAAGGCAAAUUCCAGGAUGUCAGCCUUCUGCUUCAGGAUUUCAAAGGAAAAAAUUGAAGUGACCCAGAAACGAGAUGUGGAGGGCAUGGGCAUACCUGAGAUCAAGUAUGGAGAGUCCAUGUGCUUUGUACAGCAUGUUUCAUCUGGCCUGUGGCUUACAUAUGCUGCUGUUGAUGCCAAAUCUGCACGUCUAGGUCCUCUGAAGAGAAAGGCCAUACUCCACAAAGAAGGUCACAUGGAUGAUGCCCUCACGGUUGCUCGAUCACAGACUGAAGAGUCUCAAGCUGCCAGGAUGAUUUACAGCACAACAGGCCUCUUCAACCAGUUCAUCAAAGGACUUGAUGCUCUAAGUGGAAAAAAUAAAUCUGCCAAUGCCCCGUCUCUGCCUAUGGACACAGUGGUGCUCUCGUUGCAGGAUCUCAUUUUCUACUUCCGACCCCCUGAAGAGGAACUGGAGCACGAGGACAAGCAGUUCAAGCUCCGCUCCUUAAAAAACAGACAGAACCUUUUUCAGGAAGAGGGAAUGAUUACGCUUGUUCUGGACUGCGUUGAUCGCCUCAAUGUGUACAACACAGCAGCCCAUUUCUCAGAGUAUGCUGGGGAAGAAGCUGCUGAGUCAUGGAAAGAGAUUGUGAAUUUACUGUAUGAAUUGCUAGCUUCUUUGAUCAGAGGUAACCGUGCCAACUGCGCCCUCUUCUGCGACAACCUUGACUGGCUGGUCAGUAAACUGGAUCGUUUGGAAGCAUCUUCAGGAAUCCUGGAGGUGUUAUAUUGCGUCCUGAUUGAGAGUCCAGAGGUUUUGAAUAUUAUUCAAGAGAAUCACAUCAAAUCAAUCAUCUCUCUGCUGGAUAAGCAUGGACGCAAUCACAAGGUCUUGGAUGUGCUUUGCUCCCUCUGUGUGUGUAAUGGGGUCGCUGUAAGGUCAAAUCAGAAUCUCAUCACAGAGAAUCUGUUACCAGGACGUGACCUUCUACUUCAAACUAACAUCAUCAACUAUGUAACCAGCAUGAGACCCAAUGUUUUCCUUGGAACUUGCGAAGGAUCCACUCAGUAUAAGAAGUGGUAUUUUGAGGUGAUGGUGGACCACGUAGAGCCGUUCCUUACAGCUCAGCCAUAUCAUCUCCGUGUAGGUUGGGCUCUGACAGAGGGUUACAGUCCUUAUCCUGGUGGAGGAGAAGGCUGGGGGGGUAACGGGGUUGGAGAUGAUCUCUACUCUUAUGGUUUUGAUGGGCUUCACCUCUGGUCAGGACGUGUUCCACGUCAUGUCGCCACAACAAAUCAGCACCUCCUGGCAGCAGAGGAUGUGGUCAGCUGCUGCUUGGAUCUGAGCGUGCCCAGCAUUUCCUUUCGUAUAAAUGGCCAUCCUGUUCAGGGAAUGUUUGAGAACUUCAACCUAGAUGGACUGUUCUUUCCAGUUGUGAGCUUCUCUGCAGGCAUAAGACUGCGAUUUCUUCUUGGAGGUCGUCAUGGGCAUUUCAAGUUUCUUCCACCUCCAGGCUACGCUCCGUGCUAUGAAGCAGUGCUACCCAGGGACCGUUUGCGGAUCGAGCCCAUCAAAGAGUAUAAGCAUGAUUUUGAUGGCGUCCGGAAUCUGCUGGGUCCAACUCAGUCCCUUUCACAUACAGCCUUUACACCUUGCCCAGUCGACACUAUACAGAUUGUGCUUCCACCUCAUUUGGAGCGCAUUCGAGAGAAGCUCGCAGAAAAUAGCCACGAGUUAUGGGCUGUUACCCGCAUUGAACAAGGGUGGACGUAUGGACCAUUUCGUGACGAUAACAAGAAGCUGCACCCCUGCCUGGUAGAUUUCCAGAGUCUGCCUGAACCUGAGAAGAACUAUAAUUUGGCAAUGUCUGGAGAGACACUGAAGACUCUGUUGGCACUAGGCUGUCAUGUAGGAAUGGGAGAUGAGAAAGCAGAAGAGAAUCUCAAAAGGACCAAACUCCCUAAAACGUACAUGCAGAGUAACGGAUACAAGCCGGCCCCUUUGGACCUUAACCAUGUCAAGCUGACUCCUAAUCAAAACACUCUAGUGGAGAGACUGGCAGAAAAUGGACACAAUGUUUGGGCAAGAGACCGAGUCCGCCAGGGAUGGACAUACAGUAUUGUCCAGGACAUUAUGAACAAGCGCAAUCCUCGUCUGGUUCCUUAUAACCUCCUGGAUGAAAAGACAAAAAAGACCAACAGAGACACGGUUUGUGCCGCUGUUCGCACUCUGAUCGGUUACGGUUACAACAUAGAACCACCUGAUCAGGAGAGCAGUAAGUUUCCACCAUUUAAAAGCAGCAGCUCCCGUGGAGAUAAAAUCAGAGUGUUCAGGGCAGAGAAAUCUUACGCUGUUACACAGGGGAAGUGGUACUUUGAGUUUGAAGCUGUGACAGUUGGAGAGAUGAGAGUGGGCUGGUCCAGGCCCAAUGUUCGCGCAGACACUGAACUUGGUGCAGAUGAGUUGGCGUAUGUCUUCAAUGGCUUUAAGGCCCAACGUUGGCACAUAGGAAAUGAGCCAUUUGGCCGUCAGUGGCAAUCUGGUGAUGUGGUGGGUUGUAUGAUUGACCUCACUGAGCUGAACAUCAUGUUCACACUCAAUGGAGAAAUGCUGAUCAGUGACUCGGGCUCAGAGAUGGCCUUUAAGGAUAUCGAGAUAGGAGAAGGCUUCAUACCUGUGUGCAGUCUGGGCCUGUCUCAGGUGGGCAGGAUCAACCUGGGUCAGAACGUCAGUAGUCUUCAAUACUUUACCAUCUGUGGCCUACAGGAAGGGUUUGAACCCUUUGCUAUCAACAUGAAAAGAGACAUUACCAUGUGGUUCAGCAAGAGCCUUCCCCAGUUUAUUCCUGUCCCAGCUGAUCAUCCUCACAUUGAGGUGUCACGCGUUGAUGGGACAGUUGAUACCCCCCCUUGUAUUAAAGCGACCCACAAGACAUUUGGAUCUCAGAAUGCCAACAUAGAUUUGCUCUUCUUCAGACUCAGCAUGCCAGUUGAGUUUCAUGAGACUUUUAAAAUCCCAGCAGGGACCACUCUUCUUACUCGCACUUUGACCAUCCCUGAGGAUGAAGUGUUGGAGGUGGACCCAGGCUCUGAUUUUGAAAUACUCAAAAAGUCUGCUACUCGCAAGGAGCAGGAGGAAGAGAAGAAGGAAACCUCAGUUCCUAAAGAGACGCCUGCUAUCAAAAAUGGAGAAAAUGAGAAGGAUGCCUCCACUGAGAAAAGCAAAAAGAAAGGUUUCCUUUUCAAGGCUAAAAAGGCAGCGUUAAUAACUCCACCCCCAGUUGUACCCACCAUGCCCCGCUUAGUGGAAGAUGUAGUACCAGAUGACAGGGAUGACAUAGACAUCAUCCUCAAUACCACUACAUACUAUUACUCAGUACGAGUGUUUGCUGGACAGGAGCUAAGUGGCGUGUGGGUUGGCUGGAUAACACCUGACUAUCACCAGUACGACCCUCAUUUUGAUAUCAGCAAAGUCAGAAAUGUAACUGUGACUGUAGGUGAUGACAAAGGCAACAUUCAUGACAGUAUCAAACGCAGCAAUUGCUAUAUUGUAUGGGGAGGGGAGUUCAGUAGCUCCCAGCAGACCCGAGUCAGUCAGGAGGAUUUUGUGAUUGGCUGUCUCAUUGAUUUGGACACUGGACUAAUGACUUUCACUGGAAAUGGAAAAGAGAUCAAUACAUUUUAUCAGGUGGAGCCAAACACAAAAUUGUUCCCGGCUGUCUUUGUUCUGCCUUCCAGUCAGAAUGUGGUUCAGUUUGAAUUAGGCAAGCUCAAGAACAUCAUGCCGAUCUCAGCCGCGAUGUUUCGGAGUGAACGCAAAAAUCCAGUCCCCCAGUGUCCUCCUAGACUGGAUGUCCAGAUGUUAACUCCAGUUAUCUGGAGCCGAAUGCCCAACAACUUCCUAGCUCCAGAGAUGGGACGUGUUAGUGAGAGACUAGGCUGGAUGGUGGAGUGUACGGAGCCACUCACUAUGAUGGCCCUUCACAUCCCCGAGGAAAACAGGUGUAUUGACAUCUUGGAGCUGUCUGAACGGAUGGAUUUGCUGAAGUUCCACUACCAUACUCUGAAGCUAUACAGCUCAGUUUGUGCACUGGGAAACAACCGUGUGGCACAUGCUUUGUGCAGCCACGUGGAUGAAUCGCAGCUCUUUUACGCCAUAGAGAACACCUACCUACCUGGACCAAUGAGAAGCGGCUUUUAUGACCUGCUCAUCAGCAUGCACCUGGAGUCAGCUAAAAGGAAUCGUCUGGGGACCAACAAGGAAUUCAUAGUUCCAAUGACAGAAGAAACACGUAGUAUCACUCUGUACUCUGACAAAUCUCACGCUUUACCUGGCGUCGGCCUAACUACAUGUCUGCGUCCAAAACUUCAUUUCUCUUCUGUUGGGUUUGUGGGAACAGAUCAAGAUAUUUACACACUUAGUCCAGUCAUUCCCCUACAGGUGCUAAAGACCAAAGCUCUGAACAUGCUGACUGAGGCAGUGCAGGAUGGAGGUCAAGCCAUGAGAGAUCCUGUGGGAGGCAGUGUUGAGUUUCAUUUUGUUCCAAUCCUAAAGCUCAUCAGUACCCUUCUCAUAAUGGGUGUGUUUGAUGAUGAAGAUGUCACACACAUCCUGAAGAUGAUUGAGCCCACAGUCUUUACCCUGGGGGAAGAAGAAGAGGAAUUUGAGGAUGAUGGGUUGGGUUAUGAAGAAGAGGAGGAAGAACUGGAGGAAGAAGAAGCAUUAGAGGAGGGAGCUGAGGAAACAGAGAAAGAGGUGAAACCUUUAGAGACGGGCGGGGAGGGAAAAGAAGAACAUCUAGAGCAAGGACUUUUCCAGAUGAAGCUACCAGAGUCUGUGAAACUGCAGAUGUGCACUCUGCUGCAGUAUUUCUGUGACUGUGAGCUACGUCAUAGAGUGGAGGCCAUCAUUGCAUUUUCUGACCAGUUUGUCAGCCAGAUACAGUCCAACCAGAGGCAGCGCUACAAUGAACUCAUGCAGGCCUUCACCAUGAGUGCUGCCGAGACUGCUCGCAAGACCCGUGAAUUUCGCUCCCCACCACAGGAGCAAGUCAACAUGCUCAUGAACUUCAAGAACUCUGUUGAGGAUGAAGAGUCCCCAAUUCCUGAUGAAGUCCGCGAAUCUCUGGCCGCCUUUCACAAUGCUUUGCUGGCACACUGUGGUGUUCACAUUGAAGAGGAGGAACAAGAGGAAGAAGUGGAUAAUUCUGUCCGUGGACGGCUCCUUCGACUGCUGGAAAGGGUGAAAAAGUUUCGUGAGAAGAAGGAGGAGGUGGAGUCUGAGCCACAAGAAGACAAAAAACCAAGCACAUUGCAGGAGUUGAUUUCACAUACUAUGAUCCACUGGGCGCAGGAGUCAUUUAUCCAGAACCCUGAGCUCGUGCGUAUGAUGUUCAGCCUCCUUCACAGGCAGUAUGAUGGACUCGGUGAGCUCAUGCGUGCCCUUCCUAAGGCCUACACCAUCAAUGCAGUUUCCAUUCAGGACACCAUGGACCUCUUGGAGUGCUUGGGCCAGAUCCGCUCACUGCUUAUUGUCCAGAUGGGUCCAGAAGAGGAGAGACUUAUAAUUCAAAGCAUUGGGAACAUCAUGAGUAACAAAGUUUUCUAUCAGCACCCCAACUUGAUGCGAGCUCUGGGCAUGCAUGAAACUGUCAUGGAGGUCAUGGUCAAUGUACUUGGCGGUGGGGACUCAAAAGAGAUCAGAUUUCCUCGGGUGGUGACAAACUGCUGCCGUUUCCUCUGCUACUUCUGUCGCAUCAGUCGUCAAAAUCAGCGUUCCAUGUUUGACCAUCUUAGCUACCUUCUCCAGAACAGUGGCAUUGGCCUUGGAAUGCGUGGCUCCACCCCCUUGGAUGUGGCUGCAGCGUCUUGUAUUGACAAUAACGAGCUGGCAUUGGCUCUUCAAGAGCAGGAUCUUGAAAUGGUUGUGAAGUAUUUAGCCGGAUGUGGACUUCAGAGCUGUCCAAUGCUACUGGCUAAAGGAUACCCUGACAUCGGCUGGAAUCCUUGUGGUGGAGAGAAAUAUCUUGACUUUCUUCGUUUUGCUGUUUUUGUCAAUGGAGAAAGUGUAGAGGAGAAUGCAAAUGUGGUGGUGCGCCUCCUCAUCCGUAGGCCUGAGUGCUUUGGUCCAGCCUUGAGAGGGGAGGGUGGUAAUGGACUCCUGGCUGCAAUUGAGGAGGCAAUUAAAAUAUCAGAGGACCCUGCAAGGGAUGGCCCUAGUGUUAAGAAGGAUAGACGCUUUCCCAUGUUUGGAGGAGAGGAACAGCACGAGGAGAACAGGGUUCACCUGGGAAAUGCUAUUAUGUCUUUUUACUCUGCUCUUAUUGACCUGCUGGGAAGAUGUGCUCCAGAGAUGCAUUUGAUCCAGGCUGGUAAAGGUGAGGCUCUCAGGAUCAGGGCCAUUCUGAGGUCUCUGGUCCCUAUAGAAGAUCUGGUGGGAGUCAUCAGUCUUCCUCUUCAGAUUCCAGCUUUUGGAAAAGACAACAGCGUUAUUGAACCAAAGAUGUCUGCUAGCUUUGUGCCAGAUCACAAGGCUCCCAUGGUGCUGUUCUUGGACAGAGUUUAUGGUAUUGACAACCAAGAUUUCCUUCUCCAUGUGCUGGAGGUGGGCUUUUUGCCUGACAUGAGAGCUGCUGCCUCCCUGGAUACGGUUGCUUUUAGCACCACUGAGAUGGCUCUGGCUUUGAACCGCUACCUCUGCUCUGCUGUGUUGCCACUCAUCACCAAGUGUGCCCCGCUCUUUGCUGGCAGUGACCAUCGAGCCAUAAUGAUUGACUCCAUGUUGCACACAAUCUACAGGCUGUCUCGUGGACGAGCCUUCACAAAAGCCCAAAGAGACAUUAUUGAAGAGUGCCUCAUGGCUCUGUGCAAGCAUCUACGUCCAUCUAUGCUUCAGCAUCUGCUAAGGCGGCUGGUAUUUGAUGUGCCCAUUCUCAAUGAGUAUGCCAAAAUGCCUCUAAAGCUUUUAACCAAUCACUAUGAGCGUUGUUGGAAAUAUUAUUGCCUCCCUAAUGGUUGGGCUAAUUUUGGAGUUGCAUCAGAAGAGGAGCUACAUCUUACACGCAAACUGUUUUGGGGGAUCUUUGAAUCACUAGCUCACAAGAAAUUUGAUGCUGAAAUUUUCAAAAUUUCAAUGCCAUGCAUCUGCGCCAUUGCUGGAGCCAUUCCUCCUGACUAUGUAGAUGCCAGCUACUCCUCCAAGACAGAGAAAAAGGCAUCAGUAGAUGCAGAGGGAAACUUUGAUCCUAAACCUGUGGAUACAACAAACACUAUCAUCCCUGAGAGAUUGGAUCCCUUUAUUAACAGAUAUGCUGAAUACACUCAUGACAAAUGGGCCUUUGAAAAGAUUCAGAAUAACUGGUCAUACGGUGAGGCACUGGAUGAAAAUGCAAAAACCCAUCCCAUGCUUAGACCGUACAAGACAUUCUCAGAGAAGGACAAAGAGAUCUACCGAUGGCCAAUUAAAGAGUCAAUCAAAGCCAUGAUUGCAUGGGAAUGGAACAUUGAGAAAGCUAGAGAGGAGGAAGAGUCAGAGAAGAAGAAGGCAACAUCACGAAAAAUCUCACAGACUGCACAGGCAACUUAUGAUCCAAGCCAUGGCUAUAGUCCACAGCCCAUUGAUAUCUCCCAUAUGGCUCUUUCGAGAGAUCUGCAGUCAAUGGCAGAACAACUGGCAGAAAAUUACCAUAACACCUGGGGAAGAAAGAAAAAGUUAGAGCUGCAAGCAAAAGGAGGUGGAACACAUCCUCUGCUCGUGCCCUACGAUACCCUGACAGCUAAAGAAAAGGCACGAGACAGAGAGAAGGCAUAUGAGCUGCUGAAGUUCUUGCAGCUUAAUGGAUACGCUGUCACAAGAGGCCUUAAAGACAUGGAGUCGGACAUAUCAUCCAUUGAAAAGAGGUUUGCGUAUGGUUUCCUUCAGAAACUGCUGAAAUGGAUGGAAAUCGCACAGGAGUUCAUCGCACAUCUUGAGGCUGUGGUUAGCAGCGGACGAGUGGAAAAGUCUCCCCAUGAGCAGGAAAUCAAAUUCUUUGCCAAGAUCUUGAUGCCUCUAAUAAACCAGUAUUUCAAAAAUCACUGCCUCUACUUUUUGUCUACACCUGCAAAAGUCCUGGGUAGUGGCGGGCAUUCUUCCAAUAAGGAGAAGGAGAUGAUUGCAAGUAUCUUCUGUAAAAUGUCUGCUUUGGUGAGGCACAGAGUUUCUCUCUUUGGAACGGAUGCCCCAGCAAUUGUUAACUGUCUUCACAUUCUGGCUCGAUCACUGGAUGCAAGGACGGUAAUGAAGUCAGGACCUGAGAUUGUUAAAGCAGGGCUACGAUCGUUCUUUGAGAGUGCUGCUGAUGAUAUUGAGAAGAUGGUUGAAAAUCUCAAAUUGGGCAAAGUAUCGAAAGGCAAUCAGCAAGUGAAAGGCGUCUCUCAGAACAUCAACUACACCACCAUUGCACUGCUCCCAGUACUUACCUCCCUGUUUGAUCACAUUGCUCAGCACCAAUUUGGAGAUGAUGUCAUCCUGGAUGAUCUGCAGAUGUCAUGCUAUCGGAUCAUGUGCAGCAUCUACUCCCUGGGGACAGUGAAAAAUCUACAUGUUGAGAGGCAGAGGCCAGCUCUUGGAGAGUGUUUGGCACACCUUGCAGCAGCUAUGCCGGUGGCCUACUUAGAACCCCAUCUAAAUGAAUUUAAUGCUUUCUCUGUGUACACCACAAAGACUCCCAGAGAGAGAGCCAUCUUGGGCCUUCCCAAUGAGGUCCAGGAAUUAUGUCCAGACAUCCCAGAGCUGGAUACUCUGCUGAAGGAGAUUGGGGACUUGGCAGAGUCGGGGGCUCGUUACACUGAGAUGCCUCAUGUGAUUGAAAUUACUUUACCCAUGCUUUGUAACUACCUCAUUCGCUGGUGGGAGAGAGGACCUGAAAAUUUUCCAGAGAUGGAGGGCCGACUGUGCACUGAGGUCACGUCAGAACACCUUAAUCAGCUGCUAGGAAGCAUCAUGAAAAUUGUAGUGAACAACCUGGGAAUAGAUGAAGCCUCCUGGAUGAAGAGAUUGGCUGUGUUUUCACAGCCCAUUGUUAGCAGAGCAAAGCCAGAAAUGCUCAAGUCUCACUUCAUCCCAACAAUGGAGAAACUGAAGAAACGCACAUCAAAGGUGGUGGCUGAGGAGGACCAUUUAAGGAUGGAGGGAAAAUCAGAGGGAGAUGAGGAAGAUGGCACUAUACGUGAUGAGUUUGCUGUCCUCUGUAGAGACUUGUAUGCCCUUUACCCUCUACUUAUUCGCUAUGUGGACAAUAACAGAGCGAGGUGGCUGACAUGUCCUGACCCAGAUGCAGAAGAGCUCUUCCGAAUGGUUGGAGAGGUCUUUAUUUUCUGGUCCAAAUCUCAUAACUUUAAGCGAGAGGAACAAAACUUUGUGGUGAUGAAUGAGAUCAAUAACAUGUCAUUCCUCACCGCUGACAGCAAGAGUAAAAUGAGCAAGGGCGGGGACACAGAGGGUGGAGGCUCAGAUACUGAGCGUACCAAGAAGAAGAAACGGGGAGAUCGUUACUCAGUCCAGACCUCACUUAUUGUGGCUGCCUUGAAAAAGAUGCUCCCCAUAGGCCUAAACAUGUGCUCUCCUGCUGAUCAGGAGCUUAUCAACUUGGCCAAGAUCCGAUACUCUUUGAGAGACACAGAUGAAGAAGUAAGAGAGUUCCUGCAGAAUAACCUGCAUCUACAGGGCAAGGUGGACAACCCAUCCAUGCGCUGGCAGAUGGCGCUGUACAAGGAGAUGGCAGGGAAGGCUGAAGAUGCAGAUGCCCCACCGAAAGUUGUUAAGAGAGUGCAGGAGGUUUCUGCGGUCCUCUACCACCUUGAAGUGACGGAGCAUCCGUUUAAAUCCAAGAAGAUGGUGUGGCACAAACUGUUGUCCAAACAACGACGCAGAGCUGUGGUCGCUUGCUUUAGGAUGACACCACUAUAUAACAUUCCAAGGCACAGAGCUUCAAACAUGUUCCUUGAGGGAUACAGGCGCAACUGGCUUCAUCCUGAAGGCUUCUCAUUUGAAGACAGAAUGAUAGACGACUUAUCUAAAGCAAUGGAGCAAGAGGAGGGAGAUGAGGAAGAGGAGAAGGAAACAAAGCCAGAUCCCCUUCAUCAGCUAAUUCUCCAUUUUAGUCGUACUGCUCUUACAGAGAAGAGUAAACUGGAUACUGAUCAUCUUUAUAUGGCAUAUGCUGAUAUUAUGGCAAAGAGUUGUCAUAUUGGUGAGGAAGAAGAAGGUGGAGAGGAAAUGGGGGAAAAUGCUGAGGAUGAGAUGUCCUUUGAGGAAAAAGAAAUGGAGAAACAAAGACUCUUGUACCAGCAGUCUAGACUGCAUAAUCGUGGCGCUGCAGAAAUGGUCCUGCAAAUGAUCAGUGCCUGCAAAGGUGAAACGGGCCCAAUGGUGUCUACAACCCUCAAGCUGGGUAUUUCUAUCCUUAACGGUGGGAACAGUGAGGUUCAGCGGAAAAUGCUGGAGUACUUAAAGGACAAGAAGGAUGUGGGCUUCUUUUUGAGUGUCCAGGCAUUGAUGCAGACUUGCUGUGUCCUGGAUCUAAAUGCCUUUGAGAGGCAGAACAAGGCAGAGGGGCUGGGCAUGGUUUCAGAGGAAGGCACCAGUAAGUCUUCAUGCUAUGAGAAAGUGAUGGCAGAUGAUGAGUUCACCUGUGACCUCUUCCGUUUCCUGCAGUUGCUUUGUGAAGGUCACAAUAAUGAUUUUCAGAACUACUUGCGGACUCAAACAGGCAGCACAACUACCAUCAAUGUCAUCAUCUGUACAGUGGACUACCUUCUCCGUCUCCAGGAGUCUAUAAGUGACUUCUACUGGUAUUACUCUGGGAAGGAUGUCAUCGAUGAACCAGGGAAAAAAAAUUUCUCCAAAGCUAUGACAGUGGCAAAACAGAUUUUCAACAGUCUAACUGAAUAUAUCCAGGGUCCAUGCAAUGGCAACCAACAGUCCCUAGCCCACAGCAGGCUGUGGGAUGCUAUUGUUGGCUUUCUUCAUGUCUUUGCCCACAUGAUGAUGAAGCUGGCACAGGACUCCAGCCAGAUUGGUCUGCUGAAGGAGCUUCUUGACCUACAGAAAGAUAUGGUUGUUAUGUUGCUGUCUUUAUUGGAGGGAAAUGUGGUAAAUGGUACAAUCGCUCGCCAGAUGGUAGACAUGUUGGUAGAGUCCUCCAGCAAUGUGGAGAUGAUACUCAAGUUCUUUGACAUGUUCCUCAAACUGAAAGAUAUCGUGGCCUCAGAUGCUUUCCGUGAUUAUGUGACAGACCCUCGAGGGUUGAUCUCAAAGAAGGACUUCCAGAAGGCAAUGGACAGUCAAAAGCAGUACUCCCCCUCUGAGAUUCAGUUUCUUUUGUCCUGCUCAGAAGCAGAUGAAAAUGACAUGAUCAAUUAUGAAGAGUUUGCCAGUCGCUUCCAGGAACCCGCCAAAGACAUUGGCUUCAACAUUGCCGUGCUGCUCACCAAUCUGUCUGAGCACGUCCCUCAUGACACCAGGCUACAGAACUUCCUGGAACAAGCAGAGAGUGUGCUGAACUACUUCCGUCCAUUCUUGGGGCGUAUUGAAAUAAUGGGAGCCAGUAGAAAGAUUGAACGCAUCUACUUUGAAAUCAGUGAGGUUAACCGCAGACAGUGGGAGAUGCCUCAAGUAAGAGAGUCCAAACGGCAGUUCAUCUUUGAUGUCGUCAAUGAGGGUGGCGAAUCAGAGAAGAUGGAGAUGUUUGUCAACUUCUGUGAAGACACCAUCUUUGAGAUGAAUAUAGCCUCACAAAUUUCAGAGCAGGAGGAAGAGGAAAAGGGGGAAGAAGAAGAUGAAGGGGAAGAAGGAGGAGGUGAGGGUGGAGGAGGUGGGGAAGGAAAUGGAGGAGGAGAUGAGGAUAAUAAUGGAAGGGAAGGUCCACAUGAAUCAACCUCUGCCUUUGCAGAUUUUAUAAACAGCAUGUUAAGCUUCCUCGGCAUUUUCACCUUCCGUAACCUUCGCAGACAGUACCGUAGAGUGAGAAAGAUGACCUUCAAGGAGAUUGUAGUGGCCUUGUCCACUUUUUUCUGGACCAUACUGAUGAGUAUACUACACUUCAUUUACAAUGUAUGCAAAGGCAUCUUUAUGAUCAUCUGGCAAACAUUGUUUGGAGGUGGCUUGGUAGAGGGAGCCAAAAAUAUCACAGUCACUGAGAUUUUAGCCAGCAUGCCAGAUCCCACCCAGGACGAUGUGCAUGGCGAUGGACCAGGGGAGCCAAGGACAGGGGAGGAACAGGAUACUGGAGGUGUAACAGAUACUGGUGAGACUGGGAGUGGAGAGGAAGAAGAGGAGGAUACCCAAGAAAAAGAGGGUGGGAGGAUACCAGGAAUGGAUGCUCCAGGUGGACUUGGAGAUAUGGGUGUGGAGGCACCAGUUGAACCUCCAACUCCUGAAGGAACUCCCAUAACAAAGAGAAAAAUGGCACCAGAAGAGACUGAUGCUAGUCAGAAACCACCAGAACCUCCUCCUGUAGAAGAACCUCCUACAGAGCCUGAAAAGGCUGAUGCGGAAACUGGAGAGAAAACAGAGAAAGAAUGUGAGAGCAAAGAAGUAGAACCAGAAAAACCAAAGAAAUCAGCCAAAAAAGAAAAGAAGCUGAAAAAGGAUGGAGGUUUUCAAAUCUGGACUGAGCUGGAAACCCAAAGGAAUAAAUUUAUGAACUAUCUUUCCAGAAACUUCUACAACCUGCGUUUUUUGGCUCUGUUCCUCGCAUUUGCCCUGAACUUCAUUCUUCUUUUCUAUAAGGUGUCGGACAGCCCGCCUGAGGGUGAAGAGAUGGAAGGCUCUGGACUAUCUGAGGGAAGCGGGCUGUUCGAAGGGUCUGCGUUGUUUGAAGGCUCAGGCGAAGAGCUUGAAGGAUCCGGAAUUAAUGGUGGAGGAGAUGAAGAUGAGGAAGAUGUUCCAGUUUAUUACUAUUUAGAGGAGAGCACUGGAUACAUGCAGCCUACUUUGUCCUUUCUUGCGAUCCUUCACACAGUCAUUUCAUUCAUCUGUAUCAUUGGCUACAACUGCCUGAAGAUUCCUCUGGUUAUUUUUAAAAGAGAGAAAGAACUUGCGAGGAAGCUGGAAUUUGAUGGCCUCUACAUCACUGAGCAACCUGAGGAUGAUGACAUCAAAGGCCAGUGGGACAGAUUAGUCCUGAAUACACCCUCUUUCCCAAACAACUACUGGGAUAAAUUUGUCAAGCGAAAGGUUCUGGAUAAAUACGGAGACAUUUAUGGAAGAGAAAGAAUUGCUGAGCUCCUGGGGGUUGAUUUAGCUUCCCUGGAUGUGAGUCAACAACAUGAGAAGAAACAGGAAGAACCAGAUAACUCUGUGUUUGCAUGGGUGACUUCUAUUGACAUCAAGUACCAGAUCUGGAAAUUUGGUGUGGUGUUCACAGAUGGUACUUUUCUUUAUCUCUGUUGGUACUUGGUGAUGUCUUUGCUUGGGCAUUACAACAACUUCUUCUUCGCCUGUCACUUGCUGGAUAUUGCGAUGGGUGUCAAGACUCUUCGCACUAUCCUGUCCUCAGUUACACACAAUGGCAAACAGCUCAUGAUGACAGUGGGCUUGCUGGCCGUGGUGGUGUAUCUUUACACCGUAGUUGCCUUCAAUUUCUUCCGCAAGUUUUACAACAAGAGUGAAGAUGAAGACGAACCAGAUAUGAAAUGUGACGAUAUGAUGACUUGUUAUCUGUUCCACAUGUAUGUGGGUGUCCGAGCAGGCGGAGGCAUUGGAGAUGAGAUUGAAGACCCAGCUGGAGAUGAAUACGAGCUUUAUCGAGUGGUCUUUGAUAUUACUUUCUUUUUCUUCGUCAUUGUUAUCCUGCUGGCCAUCAUUCAGGGUCUGAUCAUUGACGCCUUUGGAGAACUCAGAGACCAACAAGAGCAAGUCAAGGAAGACAUGGAGACGAAAUGCUUCAUAUGUGGCAUUGGAAGUGACUACUUUGAUACAACGCCGCAUGGCUUUGAGACUCACACUUUUGAUGAACACAACCUGGCCAAUUACAUGUUCUUUUUAAUGUACCUUAUCAACAAAGAUGAGACCGAGCACACUGGGCCGGAGUCAUAUGUGUGGAAGAUGUACCAGGAGCGCUGUUGGGACUUCUUCCCAGCUGGAGACUGUUUCAGAAAACAGUUUGAGGAUCAGCUCUCUUAAAAUAUUUCCUUCAAAUAUUUUACAAAUGAGGUUGUCAUGUGACUCAUAUCACAGCAAACUGGAAUUGUCUAGAAAAAUCAGGAAAAUCCUGUUUGUGAGCUA